AUGGAAAUACCUUGGUACAUUUAUCUAAUCAUUGUCAUCUUGCAAUUUCUCUCUGCUAUGUUCAACGGUCUCAAUAUUGGACUCAUGGGACUAGAUACCAGAUAUCUCGAACUUAUGACUCAAGGUCCCUUCGAAACUAAAGAAGAUGAAAAAAAUGCAGUUUAUGCUAAGAAGAUCUUCCCAUUGAGAAGAAGAGGAAACUAGCUACUAACUACUAUUCUUUUAGGAUGUGCCUCAACUAAUGCAAUUAUAUCUGUGCUAAUGGCAGAGAUAGAAGGAGAUAUCAAGGGGUUUCUGAUAUCAACUUCAAUCAUUACAAUAUUCGGUGAGAUCUUACCUCAGGCUUUAUCUAACAAGUAUAGUUUAUAGAUCAGCACAUUUUUGAGGUGGCCGACCUACUUCUUUUACUAUGUCACAUUCCUCUUUGCAUAUCCUAUUGGGGCAAUUCUUGAUAAAAUUCUAGGUGAGGAAGCUGGAAAUGUGCUGAGCAAAAAUCAAAUGAAAAGAAUGUUUGAAUAGUAUGAAAAGUCCUAGUUAUUGAAACCCUAGGAAAGAAAGAUACUAUCUGCUGUUUUGGAACUUAAGACAAAGGGAAUAGGUCAAGUUAUGACUCCAAUAGACAAAGCUUUCAUGAUUGACAUCAAUGCCAAUCUAAACCAGCACCUUCUAAAAAAGAUUUACAGCGAGGGUUAUUCAAGAAUACCUGUUUAUGAGGGAGAGAGAGAAAAUAUUGUGGGUUUACUGAUGACUAGAGAUCUGGUGCUGAUAAAUCUUGAAAACACAAUAGUCACGAUUAAGCAGCUCUCUAGCAUAUUACUUAGAGAUAUAAUAGCCAUUGAUGUCGAAACUAAGCUAGAACCGGUAUUGAGUUACUUUAAAGAAAAUAAUACACAUAUGGGAUUAGUAACUACGAAAUCCAAAGAAAUUGGUAGUGAACUGACUCUUAAGAACAUAGGAAUAGUAACUAUAGAGGAUAUAGUUGAAGAAAUUCUAUAAGAAGAAAUUGAAGAUGAGAGAGAGACUCAAAAUCUCAAAGGAGAAAGGAAGUUGCUAAAGAACAGACUAAUUUACCUUUUUACUGAUCAUAAAGCAAAAAAUCAGCUCAAUGAUGCUGAAAUCAUUGCCAUUUGUGAAUUUUUACAGUUAAAAGUAGAUAGCUUUCACUCUUCAAUUCUCGAUAAAGAACAGCUUUACCUUUUGAUCAGAAAUUGUGAUGUUGUAGAUAUUGAGAGUGAUUCAAACCCUUUUUCUCAUAUAAUCAAUGAGACCAACUACUUUACAAGAAAUUAGCUCACAUACCUUAAUGAGUACCAAAAUAUGGAUCAAAUGCAAUUCGACAAGCAUCUGUAGAAAAAGGAGACAGCGAAGGGGCAAGGCUAACUCAAGAAUUCCAUAGGAACUUCACCCUACAAUACUGACGCCUAAACUCCAUUCUAGAAUAAUGUUGAGGAAAUUGAACUUGACGAUCAAAUGAGGUAGUAAUAGUAAUAAGAUGAUGAUAAUUCUAAGCUCCUUUCAAGCAGAGGAGAAGGUGGAGAACUAAAUACAGGCAACUUAGAUGAAGAAGAAGUGCCUGAGGAGAAUAAGCCACUAAAUGAUAGCAUAAUGGGAUCUAUUGAAUUCAAGAGAAAACUUCAAUAAAACAUCGAUCCAAUACUCUUUGUUAGAGGUAUUCCUACUACAGAUUUUUAUCUAAUCCUGCAAGGAGAUGUUCUUGUUUGCUCAGGAUCAGAAGGAUUUUUCAUUAAGCUAAGCUCUUACGAUUAUCUAGGACUCAAAGCACUCUAGGAGCAAGUGUAUAAACCGGAUUUCUCAGCUAAGGUUUUAAAUCAAGCCAAACUUUUAAAGAUCAAUCAAUCUUAGUAUAAUCAAUUCAUUAGGAAUUCUAAAUAAUCCAAGAAUUAGGAAUUAAUGAUUUCAGAUAAGUAAGAUAUUCAACUAUAAUGA